ACUUCCGGUGUGCGUACGCCUCCUCUAGCGGCCUCACGUUAAUGGCGGCCUGCGUCUGCUGAGGGGGACGCAAAUAACCCUGUGAGCCCCGGGACAGUCCCCUGCCUCCUUCACUUCCGUUCGUCUCCAGUGCCCGAGGUCGGCAGCAUGUCGGUGGUGCCACCCAAUCGCUCGCAGACCGGAUGGCCCAGGGGGGUCAACCAGUUCGGCAACAAGUACAUCCAGCAGACCAAGCCCCUCACGCUGGAGCGCACCAUCAACCUGUACCCUCUUACCAAUUAUACUUUUGGUACAAAAGAGCCCCUCUAUGAGAAGGACAGCUCUGUUGCAGCCAGAUUUCAGCGCAUGCGGGAGGAGUUUGAUAAAAUUGGAAUGAGGAGGACUGUAGAAGGGGUUCUGAUUGUACACGAACACCGGCUACCCCAUGUGUUACUGCUGCAGCUGGGAACAACAUUCUUCAAAUUACCUGGUGGUGAACUUAACCCAGGAGAAGAUGAAGUUGAAGGAUUAAAACGCUUAAUGACAGAGAUACUGGGUCGUCAAGAUGGAGUCCUGCAAGACUGGGUCAUUGAUGACUGUAUUGGUAACUGGUGGAGACCAAAUUUUGAACCUCCUCAGUAUCCAUAUAUUCCUGCACAUAUUACAAAACCUAAGGAACAUAAGAAGUUGUUCUUGGUUCAACUUCAAGAGAAGGCCUUGUUUGCAGUCCCUAAAAAUUACAAGCUAGUAGCUGCACCAUUAUUUGAAUUGUAUGACAAUGCACCAGGAUAUGGACCCAUCAUUUCUAGUCUCCCUCAGCUUUUGAGCAGGUUCAAUUUUAUAUACAACUGAAUUCCUGCACAGUGAAGAAGUAAAAGAAGCCGUCUCUGUGAGCACAGCUAGUCACAGUAUAAAAUAAACAUGGUAGAAAAGUUUUUUUGGUUUAAUCUCUUUCUCAGUCCCUAAUUUGCCACCUACUUUCUAUUGUUUGAAUAGUAAAGUUAACAUGAAAACUAGGUAAUGGUGUAAACAAAUGUGAUAAUGCCUGAUUUACUUUUAGUUCUACUCAUAUUUUUUGUAUACCUUAAAGAAAAUGGACUUUGUUUUUUGUUUAGUUUUGUUUUUUAAUUUCACAUUAAACUUGUAAAAUUCUUACAGGUGAGGAUUGUUUUUUGUUUUCCCCCAGGCUAGUGAAUAUUGAGAGACAAUGUCUGGUUUAGGUCAGUCAAGUUUAUGGGACCCUUGCUCCAGUAACCAUUCUUGGGGGUAUACUCCGGGACCAUGUGCUAGAUUUUUAUGGUAAGGAUCUUCUAUUACUUUUGGGAACUAGAUUUGCUUGUUGGAGUCCAAGGUACAACUCCUAUACCAAGUUUUAUAUUCUAAUGAGUUGUAUUACAGCAGGAUUCUCAGUAUAUUACUGACUGGUACAUUUUAUACUGGUAUGUGCAGACCUUAGUUCACAAGCAACAGACCUUCAACAUAUGGGAAACUGUUAAAAAUUGACUAGGUCAGGGAAAGUCAUGGGAGUCAGUGUAAGAGACCCAUCUAGAGCUCAGAUGGACUUUUUUCUUGCACAUAUUGGAGGAUUAAUUGUGCUAUUGUGGAAUUAUGUGUGUGUGAUUCUUGGGGCCAUAGUAAAAAUGGUGAUCUGUGAAGGAGGUUUCUAAAAGUGGGUGUUAGGUUUUUGAAUUCUUGGAUUGCAAAGUUUGUUAUUUCAAUUAACUUGAAGUUAUAUCCUUAGAAAUGAAAUUUGGUUUUAGCAAGUGACACAAAAGCCUUUCAAAAGUAUUGGAAUAAUUUGAAUCAACUGAAAUCUAAGGACCGGGUAGGGGAUGGAUUUUGUUAGCCUUAAGAAAAAAAAAUGCCAAGUUGUAAAAGCUCUUUAAAGCACUGCUAAAAUAGGAUCAAAUUUGGGGAAUAAAAGAAGAAUCUUAGGGCAUAGGAAUUUGUUGUCUAUGUCAUUGCUUAAUGGUCAUAAUAUAUUAUGUAUGCUUUUUUGCAAAGUUGUUGUCUACAGGCCUAAUGUAAAGGUAAUCUUGAAGACACAGCUACUUAAAGAAGAGAGAUUGGUAUAGUUUUAAUAGAAAUGUGCUUUUUAUUGGUUCUUACAUCUUUAUGGUACUGAUUACAGAACUAUUCUGAAUAUUGGGUGAUGUGAAAGGUGUUCCAUAAUAUUCUUUCCUAUUUAGACUUGAGAAAAACAGACCAAGAGCAACUAUAUUUAUAAAGGUGCAGGUUUAUUUAGUUGAGGUUCUGUCAAAUCUUCACAUGGCUGAUUAUCAAGUAGUGACUGUGACCUUGCCCACAGUAGUGGUAGGUGAAUACCAGUCUCCAGGACCAAAAAUGACCAGUGAUUUCCUUUGAAAAAGCUACUAGUUCUGUGGAUAGUCCCUUUCCCUCAAGGGCUAACAGCCCUGCCCCUCUGGUUUAUAUUAGCGUAUUUCUAACUUAGUCUAAUUUUCCUGGUGAGCUCAGUGAUUAGCUGAGUCCUACAAGACUGGGGAAGGCAGAGAUGGAGACAAAAGCUUGACACAGCCCACCUUCCGUGAUUGCUUCUGGUAGCCAGUUGAAAAGCUGUGGUGACCACAUUUCAGAUGUGUUGGUUCUUGUAAUUUGGGGAGGGCAGAAAGAAGUGGACUUCUUGGUGAUUUAUAAAGUGCUGAGUGUUUAAGUUGAAGAGUCAUUUAAUUUGAAGCCCUCACCUCCUUUGUAACUUAAGCUUUGACCUAGAAAUUCUUUCUUCAUCACUGCUUCCCGAUGUAAGUACUUGAGUCAGUCAUCUAUAUGUAGGGGCCUUGGUGAGAAAAACCUUUGAGUGUAACCUUAGAGUGUAAGACAUCUGGUUCUGAAUGUAAAAUUCAUAAAACACAAACAGUAUUCAGACUGUAUUUGAACUGGUCAGUUACAAUUGUAUCCCCAACUCUCGUUUUAGGUUUCUUGAUGGAAAUAGUAGCACUAGGGAAAUUCAAAUCUGAUGUAGUCGUAUAGCAUUAAAAGCAGGUACAAGGGCACUAUAUAACACUAAGCUCUUUUGAUGUGUUAUGUUCUUACCACUUCUUCUAGAAAUAAUAGCAUUAAAUUGUACAUUCCAUUCUCUACAAACUAAAUACUGAAUACUUGUAAAGUGAGCUCUCUUGAUGAACUGACUUACAUUUUUUAAUGCCUUCUAUGUUCUAGGUUUGUUUAUAAAUGAUAGCCUUCUUUUGCAUAUGUGUAACUACAAUAUAUGUCAUGAUUUUCUGAGUGAUCCAAGUUGUGCAUAUUCUAUAUAAAUUUACUAAGUGACUCCUUAGGAAAAUAUUCAGUAGGUUGAGUGAAAAAAACUAAAGCUUUACUCAAGUUUUAAAUCAUAUGUAGAAUUGACAUCCCUUUAAAGAAAGUGAAAUUUUUUUUCCCUAAGCAGUAAAGACUUGUGAUUUUUAAAAAAAUAGAUAAUACUUAAAAUGACAUGAUAAUUUUACAUGUGAAGUUGUACUUUUUAACAGCAGAUCUGGAAGAUUUUUUUAUUAUCAUCUUACUUUAACUAGCGUUAUACGGUUCAGUUAUUUUGGAUUUUAGUAAGAGUUCUAUUAAGUUAGCAUUUUAUUUGGAUGAAACAUAACCAGAUUAGCCAGUUUAUUUUCUUCCAUGCUUCAUUAGAACUGAGAGGUAGAGGUCCUCCAAAUUCAGCAGACCAGCAAACGAUCAGCUUAAAGUUCCCUUUCUUAAAUGAUACGUCUUAUUCUCUAAGGUUUUUAAAUGACUAUUUUUUUUAAGUACCUGCACUUGAGAUGAAAUGCUUGGAGUAAUUAAUUGGAGUUCCUCAAACUUAAUGUUUUUACUAGUUCAUAGUGUUUGGGACAGUACAUGCUGAUCACUAAGAUUGCUUCAAAGUGUGUACAGUUUUGUAUGUUACAUCACCAGAGAAGGCUUAGUGGUUCUUGACUAUAAUACAAGUCGACUUUUGUAGCAUAAGGUAUGAUUUCUCAUCAUUUCACUUGUUUCAUGUCACUUAUUAUUUGGGUUAAACUGGACUCAUUUCGAGCAGUUUGCCUUUGUUUAAAUAUGUGAUGAGAAAUGUAAUACUGUAAUUUGAUUUGAGCCAUAAAGCAUUUAAAUAUUAGUUCAUGUUUAUUAAGCUUGUUUCUGUGAAAAAACUGACUAAAACCUAAAUAAGUCUAGAUUAAAUCAGUUAAGGUAUCAUUUGUAUUUUAGUGAUAGAUUGUAUUGUGAAACUAGACAUAAAUUGGGGAAAAUAUUAUUAUACUGUUGUGUUGAGGGAAAGAUCAGUGCAUUUGAAAAUUUUUGGUUACUAUGUUCACAUAAAAGUGUAUGAGCAUCAUUUAUAGUUUGGCUUUGAAAUUUUUUGUGGCAUUAAGUUAAUAGAAAUGUAUUAAAACUGGAAUUUUAGUUAUAUUUUUAUAUUUGUAGAGUAAAAGUUUGAUUAAAAUGGUCAGUGUUCUUUUUAAAUUUUAUUUCAUUUCAAUUAAUAAAACAGAAUGACUCUGUG